UCCGUAUCCGGUGCCGCCACGUACAUCUCCAACUUCUCCUCCUCCUCCGCCUCGCCGUUCCCACCCUAACGAACUCUGUUUCAUGUGUUCCUUUCCUCUGUUACAGAGCUGGAAAAGCUUUCUACGUUUGUUUGUUUUCAUUUUCUCAUUUUCGUUUCUCCAUAAUGGCGUCGCUGAUUCGGAUGCAGAGAAUUGUUUUCCAUGAAGAAUUGAGGAAUUACAGCCUUGGACAAGGCGAAGGAGGCGCAUUGAGCAACUCGUGGGAUGAGAUCAACAACUCCGAAGAAUGGCAGGAAGGCAUCUUCUAUACUCUCUGCGCCAUUUACUCACUCAUCUCCCUCACCGCCCUUGUGCAACUCGUCCGGAUUCAACUGAGAGUGCCAGAAUAUGGUUGGACAACACAGAAGGUUUUCCAUUUGAUGAAUUUUGUUGUUAAUGGAUUGCGUGCUAUUGUCUUUGGACUGUACAGAAAUCUAUUUAUCCUCAACCCAAAAGUUCUUGAAAUAGUUAUUUUGGAUCUUCCUGGCCUUCUCUUUUUCUCAACAUACACAUUACUUGUGUUAUUCUGGGCAGAGAUAUAUCAUCAGGCAAGAAGCCUUCCCUUUAAUAAGCUUCGGCCAACAUAUUUGAUUAUCAAUGGAUCUGUGUACUUUAUACAGGUAUGCAUCUGGAUAUCUAUAAGAUUAAGUGAAAAUCUUGUUGCAGUGGAAGUUGCCAAAUUCUACUUCUCAGUAAUUUCAUUGAUUGCUGCUAUUGGAUUCAUGAUAUAUGGCGGGAGGUUGUUCAUCCUGUUGAGACGCUUCCCAAUUGAAUCAAGGGGACGCCAGAAAAAGCUGAAUGAGGUUGGGUAUGUCACUGGGAUAUGCUGCGCAGGUUUCUUGAUAAGGUGCUUUGCGGUUACUAUAUCUGCCAUCAACGACGGUGCUGACCUUGAUGUUCUAAACCAUCCUAUUCUGAGUUUUAUUUAUUACAUGAUAGCAGAGAUUAUUCCAUCAUCUCUGGUACUAUUCAUUCUUCGGAAGCUGCCCCCUAAGCGUGUCUCUAAUCACUAUCAUCCUAUCAAGUGAAGAAGUAUCCUUAUCUAUAGCUGGUCAGACAGGUUGAUGUCUUGGAACUUCUAUUAGCUUCUUGAGCUGUUUUUUAGUGUUUGAUGUGGUUACUGGACAUUGUAUUAAAUUCUCCCGGGCUUUCUUCUCUUCUUU